AUGCCCUUUGGUCUGAAGAACGCUGGGGCAACAUAUACGAGGGCAAUGACAAUUAUCUUUCACGAUAUGAUACAUAAGGAGAUUGAGGUCUUUGUGGAUGAUGUAAUUGUGAAAUCCAGAAAGCAAUCCGACCAUGUCAGAGAUCUGAGGAAAUUCUUCCAGAGGCUCCGCAGUCGAUUCACUGCUCAGCUCAUAACAACCUGCGGGCCCAUCUUUAAGUUGUUGAAAAAGGAUGUUGCAGUUGCAUGGACGGGAGAGUGCCAGGAGGCUUUUGAUAAAAUAAAGAAAUAUUUGUGGAACCCACCGGUGUUGGUCCCGCCGGAACCAGGAAGGCCCUUGAUCUUAUAUUUGAUAGUCUUGGAUAACUCAUUCGGAUACGUGUUGGGUCAGCACGAUGUCACUGGGAGAAAAGAGCAGGCCAUAUACUACCUAAGCAAGAAAUUUACAGCCUAUAAGCGCAAGAAGCCAGGAUGGAAAUUAUUCUUCGAUGGGGCUGCUAACAUGAAAAGCGUCGGGAUAGGAGCAAUGCUCAUUUCUGAAGAGGGGCAUCAUUACGCAGUCACAGCUCAGCUCCGCUUCUAUUGCACCAACAAUAUGGCAGAAUAUGAGGCAUGUAUUUUAGGCUUGAGGGUUCAGGCAUAUACGAGAAUUCACAAUGAGGUUGCUCAUGCCAUUGCUACUUCGGCAUCAAUGUUACAUCAUCCGGAUAAGGCUUAUGUUGAUCCAAUACAUAUCCAGGUUCAUGAUCAACACGCUUACUGUAAUAUGCUAGAAGAAGAGCUUGAUGGUGAACCUUGGUUCCAUGAAAUCAAAGAAAAUAUCAGGAUGGACGUGUACCCGGUACAAGCCACAAGUGACCAAAAGAGAACAAUCUAUCGCUUGUCAAACUGGUUCUUCUUCAGCAAAGGGAUAUUAUCGAAAAGAAUGCUAGAUCUUAGGUUAUUAAGAUUCUUCGAGCACAAUAUUAUUGGUUCACCAUGGAGAGGGAUUGUAUCAGCUUCAUGCGAAAAUGUCAUCAAUGUCAGGCCCAUCGAGCCAGCAGCAGCUAACGGACACAGGUUCAUCCUGGUUGCUAUUGAUUAUUUCACCAAGUGGGUUGAAGCUAAAACCUUCAAGGCAGUAACCAAGAAAGCCGUCGUCGACUUUGUACAUGAAAAUAUCAUUUGUCGGUUUGGAAACCUGAAGACCCUCAUCACUGAUAAUGGAGCAAAUCUCAAUAGCAAUCUGAUGAAAAAGUUGGUCAAAGCCCGUCUGGAGCAAUUGAGUCUAAUUGAUGAGAAAAGAUUGGCAAUAGUAUAUCACAGCCAGUUGUAUCAAUGGAGAAUGGCCAGAGCAUAUAACAAGAAAGUGUGUCCAAGAAAGUUUGAAGUGGGUCAGUUAGUAUUGAAACGCAUCCUCCCUCACCGGGAAGAGGCAAAGGGCAAGUUCGCCCCAAAUUGGCCGGGGCCGUUCGUCGUGUCAAGAGUGUUGUCCAACGGGGCAUUGUACAUAACAGAUAUGGAAGGAAAAUUUAUGGAAAUGGCCAUCAAUUCAGAUGCAGUUAAAAGAUACUAUGUAUGA